AUGCUGCUGCAUCGGCGAGCCGCCCUCCUCCUGUGCGCGAAUGCGCGGCGCACGGCUGUCUCGGUCGGCUCCUCCUCGUUCUCUGCAACUGGUGAGGCGGCGGCCGAGUUCUCUUCCCCCACCACGCCACCGUGGCCUAGAAACGUCAGUUCCUCGUUUGGCGCGUGGGACAGUCACGGGACCGCUGUUCUUGCCGCGGGCGGUCCUGCUGCUGCUGGUGAUGCCCCUCAAAACCAUUCGCACCACGCACCGCUGCGAGAACAUCCGGAGCGGACUGUGCACAGCAAGGAGGGCUACUCCUUGAUUGGACGCCUCUGUGCGUCUGGCCAAGGCUUGGCCUUGGGGCGUGUGCAGGCGUCGCUAACCGUCUACGUGCUCGCUGCCUCCGUCGGACUGCUCUACGUCCUGUACUACCUGACAACCUACACGUACGUGCUGACGACGAAUGUGUCGCCGCACCGCAACUCCCUCUUCUUCCACUUUCCAUGCGAUAUGGCGAUCAUUGAAAAGAGGCUGACACGCAAGCGGUACACCGUGGAGGUGGUGCCGCAGCCCCUCGUUCAAGGCAACCGCGAAGAGGUAGACCAUACCGGGUUUGCUCGUCCCAAGCCGGCAGUUGUGGAGCGCCGGCUGCUCAUCAACGCGGUGCUGCACCGCGUGUUCCUCUACCUACAAAAGACAGAGUCUCUCGUGGCGGUGGACGCGCAGGCGGAGAUGGCGCCGUACCGCUUCAUGGAUGGCGCGAACAGCCUGGGCAAGGCCUCUCGCCCACCGGUGGGAUUCCUCCGAGAGGACCAGCUCUUGCCCGACAUCAACGACCACGGUGCGAGCAUAGCGUCGUCGCAGAGACGGUGGUGGCAGUUGUGGGGUAGAGGGGCAAGCACGGCAGCAGCACCGUCACCGCGGUCUGUCUCCGGUUCCAGCGUGCAGGCCGCAACGGCGGCGGAAGUGCAAGCGUCGCCGACGGUGCCUACGAAGAUCGUGCUCAGGAGUAGCGUGCGUCUGCGCGACUCCAUGAACGGCUACCAGAAGGGUCACAUUGGCACCUAUGAGCAGUUCAUCCACCACCUCGCGCAGGAGAAGAUUAAGCAGCGCUACUACGCUUGGGUGCUGGCGAGGGGCAUGGCAAAGAACAGUGGCCUCCGCAAGGUUUACGCAGAAGAGCUGAUCCGCAACGGCCUUCUGUCAGGCGACGGCGUGACGUUGACGGAGCUGGUGCCGGAUAUGCAGCAGUUUGCUGAUGAGGUGUUUGCGCAGGUGCGGGAAAAAUUUGGCGACGACGUCAUCGUUUACGAGUACACCGCCACAAUGUUGUAG